UUUCACUCUAAUCUUUUUCUCCCUUUUCUUUCUUUUUCUUCCGCCCUGUGCUUCUAAUAAAUGUUUUUCUUCUGCAUGCUAUGUGUUUGAUGAAAAGCUUGAAUGGUUCUGUACUAAAGUGGGUCUCGUAGGUUAAACACCAAGAAUUUCACUGCCAGAAACGUUCAACACUAUGGCGACUGAAACUGACUCAAGAGACAGCGCUCUCACUUUGCUCAAACAAGGAGCGGAGGCUAGGGUUUUUGAGUCUUCAUUUGUGGGAAAGAGAUGUGUUGUCAAGGAGCGCUUCUCAAAGAAGUACAGGCAUCCAACUUUGGAUUCUAAAUUGACACUGAAGCGCUUAAAUGCGGAGGCGAGGUGCGUGACCAAAGCAAGGAAACUUGGGGUUUGUACUCCUGUGCUGUAUGCUGUGGAUCCUGCGUUGCACACUUUAACGUUUGAGUAUGUUGAGGACCCUUCAGUCAAGGAUGUAUUUCUUGAAUUUGGUUCUCGUGGCCUUGGUGAAGAGGGUCUGGACAACAUUGCUACCCAAAUUGGUCAUGCAAUUGGAAAACUGCAUGAUGGUGGUCUUGUUCAUGGUGAUUUAACAACAUCAAACAUGUUGCUCAAGAGUGGUACCAAUGAGUUGGUUCUUAUUGAUUUUGGUUUGAGCUUCACUUCAACUCUACCGGAAGAUAAAGCAGUUGAUUUGUAUGUUCUGGAAAGAGCUAUUCUGUCAAUGCAUUCUUCAUGUGGGAAUGUGAUGGAUCGGAUACUUACUGCAUACCGGAAGUCAUCAAAACAGUGGUCAUCCACAUUGAACAAGUUGGCACAAGUGAGGCAAAGAGGACGAAAGAGGACCAUGGUUGGAUGAAGCUUUCUCAAAUUGGAUUUCGUUAGAGAUAUAAAAGGGAAGACAACUAAUGAAUGUUAUUGAUGUAAUUUAUCUCUCUGUUAUCUAUGUUCAUGAGUUUGAUUAUACAUUGUCAAUAGAAAACAUUUUUAUAAGAACUUGUAAUGAGAUUCUGACAAUUUUACCUUGCUAUCUUACUCCUUAAUAUGUUGUGGUGAUAA